UAAAAAAAGCAAGAAACACUUUCAUUUCCAUUUGUUUUUGCGGCAUCUAAUCUAUUAAUUUACAGGUACCAUCUAGCAUUGGCUAUCCCUAAUCAGGUUUCUGCUGAAUUUCGUUAGGGUUCGUCCUCGAACCCUUUAAAAUUCAGCAGAUGCCAUUGCUUCAUUGAUCAUCUCCUCGUGCAACAGGUGAGUGUAUUGUGUGAAAAAAAGAAAGAGAGAUGGAUCAGUUGAGGCAGGUUGGGGAGGUUGUGGGCAGUGUGAAGGCUUUGAUGAUACUCAAGCAUGAGAUCUCCAUCAACCAGAGGCAAUGCUGUCUGCUGGCAGACAUGAUGCAGCUGGCCUUCGACACGAUCUCGGAGGAGAUGAGGCACAGCCUGAGGCUCGACGAGAAAGCCACCAAGUGGAAGCCUCUGGAGCGCCCGCUGAAGGAGCUCCACUGCGUCUUCAAGGACGCUGAGUUCCACAUCCGAUACUGCCUCGAUAUCAAGAACUGGUGGGGGAAGGCCAUCAGCCUCCACGCGAACAGGGACUGUGUGGAGAUGCACAUUCACAACGUGCUGUCCUGCUUCACCGUUGUGAUUGAGGCGAUUGAGACGGCCGCGGAGAUCUCUGGGAGCGACGAGCGGGAGCAGCAGAGGAAGAGGGUGGCCCUCCUGCAUAAAUAUGAUCAUGAAUGUGAUGAUCCCAAAAUUUUCUUGUGGAAGUUUGGAAAGCAGUUUUUAGUACCUGCGGAGAUCAGCAGCCGGAUAGAGACCGCGUGGCGGGAGGAUAGAUGGCUGCUGUCCGAGAAAGUUGGGGAGAGGAAGGACGAGAAGAGCGAGCAGAAGCUGGCUGAGCUGCUGCUGAGGAAACUGAGCGAUGUGGAGAUUUCGAAGAAGGUGAUGUCGAGCAGCAUCCUAGUAGGGGCGGCGGAUUACCAAGUGAAACGACGUCUGGGGCCGGGGUACCCCAAUGGGCCGAGCCAUCUCAAGGAGAUUCAAUGGCUGGGGGAGAGCUUCGGGUUGAGGACGUUCAUUGGAGAUGUCGCGCCUUUACUCCCCGAGGUUUCUUCUUUGCUUUCGCUCUCGCAUCCCAACAUAUUGCACCACCUUUGCGCGUUUUACGACGAAGGGAGGAAGGAAGGGUACCUUGUCAUGGAUCUGAUGAGCAAGGAUCUUGCUUCCUACGUGAAGGAGCACUCGGGGCAGAAGAAUCGCGUCCCGUUCACUGUCCCGAUGGCUGUGGAUAUCAUGCUGCAGAUUGCAAGAGGGAUGGAGUAUUUGCACUCCAACAAGAUGUGUCAUGGAGAUCUCAACCCUUCCAACAUCCUUCUAAAGGAGAGGAACAGCGGUUUUGAAGUUAAAGUGUCCGGGUUUGGGAUAAGCGCGAUCAGGAGCUGUGCUUCGAGAAGCACUAGGCCGGUUGCUGCUGAUGCUGAUAUCUGGUUGGCCCCCGAGGUGCUGGCUGAGCUCGGUGGGAAAUGCAGCGGGAACUACUCUGAGAAGGCUGAUGUGUAUAGCUUCGGGAUGCUCUGCUUCGAGCUGCUAACGGGGAAAGUCCCGUUCGAGGACGGCCAUCUGCAAGGGGAGCAGAUGGCGAGGAAUGUGAUGGCGGGAGAGAGGCCUCUUUUCUCCCGUCCUUCACCAAAAUACCUGAUUAACCUCACCAAGAAAUGCUGGCAGAUGAAUCCGGCUCUGCGCCCGUCAUUCUCGUCUAUAUGCCGGAUCCUGCGCUACAUCAAGAAGAUCCUCAUCAUCAGCCCUGAGCACGCCCACCCGCAUUCGCCUCCGCCUCUUGUGGAGUACUGCGACAUGGAGGCUGCGUAUUUGAAGAAGUUCGAAGAAGAAGGGAGUGGGAACCUCGCGCCUGUCACGCAGAUCCCGUUCCAGAUGCUGGCCUACAAGAUUAUUGAGAAGGAGAAAGCCAAUAGCAAGAAAUGGGAUAUGGUCACUGAAGAAAUGGUGAAAGCCCCUGCAUCAAUCUUCGAUGAGGAGCAGUUGGCUGCCAUGGAUGCCCUCUUCCUUGUGCCGACUGAUCGGAGGCCGGUUUGCUCAGAUAUCAUUGACAGCAAGAACUCGGCCGCUGAUGUGGAUCUCGGGACGGUGGAAUCAUUUCCGCUUCGCAAGGCGAUGGAAUCAACAGCUACGACCAACGACAGCUAUGAAGAUUAUGACAAGAAGCCUAAGAAGAAACUAAAAACCAUCAAGACCAAAUUCAUCCCAGAAUCUCCUAAAUCACCAAGAUGUGACGCGCCAUUGAAUUCACCAGCCAGGGCAAAGAAGGCGUCGACUUCAGCAGCCUCGUCACCAUCACGAGCAUUUAGCAAGACAGUGGUGCAGAGUCCAAAGAGGGACGUGAAAAGAACACUACAAUAUGGGAUGAAGAGCAGCAUCUCGCCAGCAUCCUCGCCUGCCAGAGAUUUCAGAGGAAAGAACGAGAGUUCAAUGUGCUCGCCAGCAAGAGUGAAGAAGCCCUACUCUCCGGCUUCCUCGCCAUCAAGAGGUUACAAUGUAUGCCCAUCGCCAAUCCAUCCAUCAUCGCCCAUGAAUCCCAAUGCACGCCCUUCAAGACUUGCUAGGCCGACUGCACUGCCUUCGGAUGCCAGUCCUCGAACCUGAAACAUAGAUCACGCGCUCAGCUAGUGUGCUAGACUGUUUUGCCUUCCACACAACAUAAAAAAGAAGUGAAAAUUUUCCUACUUUUUUGUUCUGUAACCAAGCCAAGCUGUUGGUGUAAGUGAGUUAAGCUAAUUCGCGAGUUACUCGAGAUUCAACACGAUGUUAGAUUGAUAAAACUUGACCCAUGAGCUCAAGAAUUGUUAUAUCAAUCUGAUUUGUACACUAACAGUUUAUAAUUAGAACAUACAUUUAUA